ACUGUGUUACAUUAACAUGUUGUUGUAACAUCAUUGUUACAAGGGUUCCAUUCAACUGGUGACUUGGUUUUCAAGAUAAGUAAAAAUUAUACUCUUUCAGUACAAGGAGAAAGCACAGUUCAUAACACAAACCUUUUGGAGCAGAUAAAAAAUAUAUAUUUUGAACUCAUCCCAGAAAGCUGGUCACUAGCUUUGAUGCAAUAGGGCCCUGACAAUGCUGUGUGUGUUGUUAGUGUAUUGUAUACCACCUGUACGUACAGAAAAGUGACCGAGGGCCUGUGGAAGGGCCAGGACGACAUCUGCAGCCAGUCAGCCAAGCGAACUGAGGACACAGGAAAGAACUCGGACCUCGACAUCCUGACCAGUCCACCGCUCAGCCUCAAUGACCUGGGUGGCAGUGCCAGCCUUGCCAACUGGAUGCCCAUAUCAGGCAGUGACCUGGACACCUCGGGGCCUGAGCAGGAUCCCCACCCUACAGCCAGCUACAGAAGCCGGGCCCUGGAUGAGCUGCCGAGCCGCCGCGGUGCUGACAAAUCAGUGUCCGUGGAGGUCAGACUGGCUGCAGAGCGGGACUGGGAGGAGAAGCGGGCCAGUCUGACCCAGUUCAGUGCCCAGGACAUCAACCGUCUGCUGGAGGAGACGCAAGCUGAGCUGAUGAAGGCCAUCCCAGACCUGGACUUCGCUGCCAGGCAGAUCAACAAGCCCGUGGUGCCCCCCAAACCCCACCCCAAACCUCAGUUUACCACCCCUGUCACUACCUCCACCAGCGCCUUCACCACCUCUAGUACCCUCACUACUACCAGUACUGAGCACCAGCCCAACAAGGUCCAGAUCACUGCCCUGAAGCUGGAAGGGGGCUCACGUCGCGGAUCUGCGGAGAUGACAGUAACCAGGUAUCGCACUGAGAAACCCUCUAAGUCGCCGCCUCCGCCCCCUCCUCGCCGCAGCUUCCCAUCAACCCAUGGGCUCACCACCAAUCGCACUGGAGAAGUGACCGUCACCACCAAGAAGAAGCUGGAGCCAGAAGACGGAGAGGCCCCGAAGACUCUGGUCAAGCUGAGAAGGACACCGUCUGACACGCCUCGCCCCGCCUCCACUCCCCCCGUCAUCGCCGCCUCAGCGAUUAAAGAUGAAGACCAUGACGAGCGGAUCAUUGCUGAACUAGAGAAUGCCAGCAACUCACCAGGGGCAUCCAAGGGACCUCAGUCGACUGUAGCGGCCAGACUGAAGCACCUCCAGCAGGGCAGCCUGGAGAGACCCAAGACCAGGAAGCAGAGAGAGGACUUCCCCAAGAUCCAGGGCCAACAGCAGGUAUUCCACUUCUAGAUGGCCCCUCCUCAGAGGAGUUUUCCUCCUCAGAACAGCUCUGGUGGCCUCCUGUGACAUUGACAACUACCCCCUCUCACAGCUGUCUGGGGCAACUACUGGGCUAUUUCAAGACUAUACUGGGAUACAAUAUGUUUUCAGUGGACACUGUAAGGUGAUGAAAAAAGGGGUGGGCUCAUCUGAAAUGUUUUGACUUUGAGCUGUGCCAAGUGGUUGGAUUCUAAGUGGAUUGUGUACAGAGCGUGCUCUUUCCCUUUGGCUGACAUUGAUGUUUUUGAGGAGACUAAGGUGGUGGGGAUAUUGUACCCUAAAUGAGCUGAGUGACACCUAAAACUGUACUCCUUGAUAAUGCCACGGAAUAGUUUUACAUCUCAAUGUUGAACAGUGUUAAUUUUGUCAGCUAUUUUAGAUGUAGUUUUCAUCUUACUUAGUCUUUUGACUAAAAUACUUUUUAUUUUUAGUCCCAUUUUAGUUAUUUCAUCCUUCGUAGUUUUAGUUAUUAACAGUCAACAAAAACUCUGGACAUUUUUCGUCUAGUCACUGUCAUUUUAGUCACAUUUUAAUCUGUGAAUUUUUUUUCUCCGUUAAAUCAUUCAUAUUUACCUCCAACAUUCAUGUCCACAUUCAGAUAGCCUUGUCCAACUAGACUUACUGUCCCCUCAUACUGCUGGCAACAUUGCUAUUGUGGCAGAUUGUACCAUAUAGGCAACAAAGCCUUGGCUUCAGGUUAAACAAUUUAGACCUACAACUCUAAUUUUCUCCCCGUCAUAAUGUUCUGAUGGGGAAACAACAGUGAUUCUCGUAAAACAGGAAUCUGAACUUUCCGACAAUGCCAGAAUUAUUACUGGGCUCCUAAUAUUCAGAAAAUCGCAUUAGUAGUUCCAGUUGGGAAAGAGCAACGGUAUUUGCCGAUCGCGAGAGAGGCAACAUAGAUGAAUAACAGAUCACAUGGUACUAGAGUUUCUGAUGUGAUCAAAGCAAACAUAUCCUAUA